CUAGUGGUUGGUUGGGAGUGCGCAUGCGCCUGACGGCGGCGGACGAGCGAGCCGCCGACUGUAAGGCAGGAAAGCCGGAGCGCGCGGCGGGCUGGGGCUUGCGCUCGCCGCCGUUCGUGCUCCGGGCGGAGGGAGCGGGUAGGCGGGAGGUUAUGAGCCUGCCGGACUUCAGCGGUCAUCCUCGCUCCGGCCGCCGCCAUGGCACCCCCUAUAGAGCAGGAGUUCCAGGAUAUCGACACCGUUAACGACUGGCAGGCUCGCUACCUUGAAAUUCGGAAUAAAUCCAAUGACUAUCCUCAUAGAGUUGCAAAAUAUCCAGAAAACAGAAAUCGAAAUAGAUACAGAGAUGUCAGCCCGUAUGACCAUAGUCGUGUAAAAUUGCAGAACACAGAGAAUGACUAUAUCAAUGCCAGUUUAGUAGUCAUAGAAGAAGCCAAAAGAAGCUAUAUUUUAACACAGGGUCCACUUCCAAAUACUUGUUGUCAUUUUUGGCUAAUGGUAUGGCAACAAAAGACCAGAGCAGUUGUCAUGCUAAAUAGAAUUGUUGAGAAAGAAUUGGUAAAAUGUGCACAGUACUGGCCAACAGAAGAAGAGGAAGUCAUGAUGUUCAAGGAAACAGGAUUUUGUGUGAGGCUAGUAUCUGAGGACAUAAAAUCCUAUUAUACAGUACACCUACUACAAUUAGAAAACAUCAAUAGUGGUGAAUCGAGGAUCAUAUCUCAUUAUCAUUAUACAACAUGGCCAGAUUUUGGAGUGCCUGAGUCCCCAGCUUCAUUCCUUAACUUCUUGUUUAAAGUGAGAGAAUCUGGUUCGCUGAAUCCUGAGCAUGGACCUGCUGUAAUUCACUGUAGUGCUGGGAUAGGACGCUCUGGCACAUUUUCAUUAGUAGACACCUCUCUUGUCCUGAUGGAAAAAAAGGAGCCUUCUUCUGUAGACAUUAAACAAGUAUUAUUGGAUAUGAGAAAAUACCGCAUGGGACUUAUUCAGACACCUGAUCAGCUGAGAUUCUCAUAUAUGGCUGUAAUAGAAGGAGCAAAAUUUAUAAUGGGGGAUUCAACUAUACAGAAACGGUGGAAGGAACUUUCUAAAGAGGAUCAAGCACCACGUUUUGAGCAGUCUCCUCCCCAUCUUGCCAGAACAACUACAGAAAAGUAUAAUGGGAAUAGUGUGGGCUUAGAAGACCAGGAGCAAAUGGGAGAGAAAAUAAAUACUGAACUGUCCACUAAAGUGCAAGAUACUAUGGAUGGAAGCACUGAAAGUACUACUCGGAAACGGCUGCGAGAGGACCGAAAAGCUCACACAGCCCAAAAGGUGCACCAGAUGAAACAGAAGCUAAGUGAGACUGAAAGAAAAAGAAAAAGGUGGUUAUAUUGGAAACCUAUUCUCACUAAGAUUGGGUUUGGUACAAUCAUUUUAGUUGGAGCUUAUUCUUGCUGGAAACUGUAUUUUCAAGAACAUUCCUUGCCGAGACUGACUGACAGCUAAACCUCCAAGACUUGUGAAUAUUCUGCAUCUAUAAAUUGCAAACUGUUGACAUGCAAGGCAAGAUAUGAACCCCUCUCCGGGAACAAAAGUGAGGUCUGAUCAAUACCAAGUAGGCCUCAUAAUUAUCUGUUUACAACGUAAACUACAUCCAGGGGAUGAAGAACACCAGCAUGCUCCUUUGCAAAACAAAAUAACUUGCUGUCUGCUGUGGUUUUUAUAAUGCUUGUAUUAAUUGUAGAAAGAUGUACAAGAAAUAAACUAGAAAAUACUUUGUAUUGUACUGCCAUUUUUAUUGUAUUUUUACACAUUUUUGGCAGCAUUAAAUAUUUUUUUAAAUUGA